UUCAGAUUCAUUAGCAGUUUGUACGUCGGCUGGAACACUUCGCUCUUUCUCUAUCCGGGUGUUCGGUAGUGUGGUGCCCGCCGUGUAUCUUCGCGAUCCGCAACCAGUCUGACUCUGUGGUUCGGUGUGCUUGUGAGACGUGUCAUAGCAGCUAUAGUUGGCUACCUCCCCAUCAAUACUUGUUUGAUUAGUUCACGACGAAUAAGAAAAAGGUAGCUGGGUGUGGUGAUUUAAGCUUAGAGAAGUUACUAAUUGGUGGUGUAAUAAGAAGUUGAUUGUGAAUUUCGGGAUUAGGAAUAACGAUUUUUAUGUGAAAGUGACCCCUGGAAAGUGAAGUGACCAUGAAUCGAUUGAAGUUGAACGCGUUCGCGUUGGUAACCGUCCUACUGCCACUUGUUUGCCUCGCCCAGAGAACGCCAUCUAUUUCGUACAUCACUCAGGAACAGAUCAAAGAUAUUGGCGGAACGGUCGAGCUCGAGUGUUCUGUACAAUAUGCCAAAGAAUAUUCCGUCCACUGGAUCAAGACCGGGCGCGAUCGGUCCGACGUAGUGUUCCUCUCAACGGGUAGUGCCCUGGUUCUGAAGGACUCCCGUUUCUCGCUCCGAUACGAUCCAUCGUCCUCCAGUUACAUCCUUCAGGUCAAGGAUAUCCAGGAAACCGACGCUGGAAUCUACCAGUGCCAGGUUGUGCUCUCGGUGACCAACAAGAUCACGGCCGACGUCGAACUACAGGUUCGUCGCCCACCCAUCAUCUCCGACAACUCCACCCAAUCGUUGGUCGCGUCGGAAGGUCAGUCCGUCCAGAUGGAAUGCUACGCCUCGGGUUAUCCGGCACCACAGAUUACCUGGCGUCGCGAGAACAACGCUAUCUUGCCAACAGGUGGCGCAAUCUACACCGGCAACGUCAUGAAGAUCAACUCCGUCCAGAAGGAGGACCGCGGAACGUACUACUGCGUCGCGGACAACGGCGUCAGCAAGGGUGACCGUCGUAACAUCAAUCUGGAGGUGGAAUUUUCCCCGGUCAUCACCGUUCCGCGUCCCCGCCUUGGUCAGGCCCUGCAGAACGAUAUGGAUCUGGAGUGCCACGUGGAAGCCUACCCGUCGCCCGCCAUCGUGUGGGUCAAGGACGAUGUCCAGCUGUCGAACAAUCAGCACUACGGCAUCUCGCUGUUUGCCACGGCGGACGAGUUCACCGAUACGACGCUGCGGGUGAUUACGAUCGAGAAACGUCAGUACGGCGAGUACUACUGCCGGGCAAUCAACAAGCUCGGCCAGGCCGAAGCCAAGGUGGAGCUGUUCGAAACGGUCAUUCCGGUGUGUCCACCGGCUUGCGGUCAGUCGUACUACGGAGGCGAUGCCAGCGCGGUGUCCGCGUCAACCGUGCUGCUAGUGGUCACCGCUUUAGCAGUGAUGUUCUAAUUCGAACUAGACCACGCCCCGCUCUAGGAUCACAACGAUAGAACGAGAGAGAUAGGAUGUUUGGGAAGGGAAACGAGCUUCUACCGCUGGUCACAUUCCAAUUAGAAUUCCCACUGACUGGUGGGUCCGUGCGACCGUCUUGAGAGAAGCUAAGAUUAUGGCAGGAUUAGAUUCUGCUGGUGUGAACAUUAAUGCAAACUGAACAUUCCAUCAGAUUUGGCCAAGUGAAAGAAAGAAAGCUUCCAAUUUCUUUUAGCGAUGAAAAAUGUAACAUAAACGAAAACAAAAAAAUUGGCAUAGGGCUAUUAAGAUAUACAAAAUAAAAACAAAUCUUUACACAGUAGAAUUAGAGUAGAACCGAUUAAGGAACACUAAAUGACGGUUUUAGUGAAGAAAUAUUUAAAGUAAACAUUUAAACUUAAUUUAAAUCAUCACCGAAAAUAAUACCAAUUAGUGAAGACAGCGGAAAGGCUGAAUGAAUCUCUUAAUUUCCGGUAAUAGCGGAACCUAGUGCCGUCCAAAUCGAAAAUGUCCAAUCAUUCCAAUUAUCAGGUGGUUUAAGCAAUCUCGUUUUUUUUUUUAUUUAGGCAUAAUCUUGUGUAAGAAAAAUGCUUGUUUUGUAGUAAGAUUUCCAGUACGGCAAUAGUUGCGUCCUCAACUAGACUUUAGAGAAAAUUAGUGCGAUGUGACGACCAGAUGAAUCAAAACGAAGACAGUCCAAAAGUCAUGUGUAUCGAGAUAGCUACUCUGAGAGGAACAUCUGACAAGAAAGUAAGGAGAAGAAGAAAAACAGUUGUAACGAAAGGUACUGUCGGAAGA